CUUCAAUUCCCCCCCAAUUUUCCAAUUCUCUAUAACAAAAAUUUUAAUCAAUUUUGAAGAACAAAAAUCAAAGCAAAAUGGAGUUCACAAGUUUAGUUGAUACUUCUCUGGAUUUGAACUUUAGACCUCUUCGAGUUUCCGAUGAAUUACCAAAACAGGAAGUUGAGAGUAAUUUCAUAGGACUUGGAAGAGAUCUGGUACCUGUAAAAGAUGAGGCAAGUAAUUUAAUAGAGGAACUAAAUAGAGUAAAUGCUGAAAAUAAGAAAUUGACGGAGAUGUUAACAGUUAUGUGCCAGAAUUACAAUUCAUUGAGGAACCAAUUGACGGAAUAUAUGAGCAAGCAGAAUAGUAGUACUAGUGGAGCUGAUCAGGAUCAGAACAGCGAUGGAUCGAAGAAAAUUAAAAUUGAAAACAACAACAAUAAUAAUAAUAAUAAUGAAAUUGUGAAAUCGUCAGUUCAAGUGUUGAAUUCAGAGAGCAGCUCAAGUGAUGAAGAUUCAUCUACAAAGAAACCAAGAGAAGAACACAUUAAAACUAAGACUUCAAGAGUUUAUAUGAGAACUGAACCAUCUGAUACUUCUCUUAUAGUGAAAGAUGGAUACCAGUGGAGGAAAUAUGGACAGAAAGUAACAAGAGACAAUCCAUCUCCAAGAGCUUAUUUCAAAUGCUCUUUUGCUCCUACCUGUCCCGUUAAGAAAAAGGUUCAAAGAAGCGUGGAAGACCAAUCGAUUCUAGUAGCAACCUAUGAAGGAGAACACAACCAUUCUAAAGUGGAUACCGCAGGCCCUGUUACAACAACUUCCCCGUCUAGCCGAUUUAACCCGAAAAAUAAUACUUAUGCUGCUGCGGUAAUGCCAAGACAAACCUUAACUCUUGAUUUGGCAGAACCAAAAACAUUACAAAAUGAUAUCAAAAAAGUUCAUAGCAUUACAAGUACAAGUAGUGCAAGUGGUCAGAAGCGUAAAUCACCAGGAACUGAUCAACAACAGCAAAAUAGACCAGAGUUUCAACAUUUCUUGAUAGAACAAAUGGCUUCAUCAUUGACUAAAGAUCCAAGUUUUCAAGCAGCCUUAGCAGCCGCCAUAUCAGGAAAAUUCUUGCAAAAUAAUAGUAACACUAAGGAUAAAUAAUUAAAACGAAAAUUAUGUUGACACAUUGAAAUGUUCCAGAGAAAGACAGGCAGCCACUAGGACAUGUCGUUAUAAAUUGUAUAUAUUGUUUACUAUAUUUGUCUUCUUUUUUUUUGGGAGAACAGUAGCCAGUAGGUAGGACUAGUAAGUGCACGUGAAAAUGGGAUGGGCUAAUUUUCUAUAGCAGCCUAUAUUAGUUAGGUCUCAGUUUGCUCCUUUUCAGUCUCACAAGAUUGAGACUUUUGGUGGCCCUUGAAAUUAAAGUGUUGGAUUUGCUCAAAUAAAUAUUUUUAUAAUUUGAUUU